ACACACUUCCAAAUACACACACCUGUAUUUGUUUUGAAGUACUCAACAAAAAGAAACCACCCAAGCAAUUAAGCAAAUCCUUUCUUUCAUCAACUUCAAAAACCACCCGUGUCUUUCUGUCGGUCUGUCUGUAUGUUUGACAGAAGUGGAGCUUGAGCAUAACAAUGGCUGUUGGAAGGCGUGGCAGAGACCUAAUCGGUCCUCUUUUGGUGACCAACUUGGUGGCGUAUCUUAUCGUUCUUGGACUGGCUGGAUGGUCCCUUGACAAAUACAUCAAUGGUGAACAGAAUCACCCCCAUUUGGGUGGGAACCCAUCAACAAGCUUUAUGUUGAUCUUCGCUUUGAUGGCUGGUGUGGUUGGUGUUUGUUCUGUGCUGUCUGGGCAAGUGCAUCUUCGGGCUUGGCGGAGUGAUAGUUUGGUUGGGGCAAGCUCUUUAGCAGUUAUCUCCUGGGCUAUUACUGCUAUAGCUUUUGGUCUAGCGUGCAAGGAAAUCAUUUUGGGAGGACAUAGAGGAAAACGCUUGCGGACAUUGGAGACCUUCAUAUUCAUAUCACUAAUGAGUCAGUUGCUGUAUGUGGGGAUUCUCCAUGCUGGGGUGUUUGACGGCAGAUAUGGACCAGGUUAUCGGAGCUAUGGCGCUGACGAUGCUGGCGGCGUUGCCAUGGGUCACGAACCCCAGACGACCGACACUUCUGUAGUAUGAAACAUCUCACACGCAUGUUCUAUCACUGUUCAUAGAUGAAACUUGCAAACGUGUUUCUUUUA